AUGCGAGCUACGGUAAUUCUCGCCUUUGGUGUGCUCACUUUGUUUGCGAACAGUGGUGCUGUAGCAAACAAGUCGCCUCGGAACCUCCGACGAGUAGCUGUUGCUGGGGAAGAGAACGACGUCCGCAUGAAAGAGCUCAUACCGAACACAUCGAUCAGCACGACAUUCGGGCCAGAGGAAGAACGAGGGGUCUCGGGGAGACUCUUUGGAAAGCUAAGCGGGGUUUUGGAAGACUUGGAUCUGAGUCUGUAUGCUACACUACAAGCGAGUAGAACGGACAAAGCUACAGCCGUUAAGAAUCUAAUGGCGAAGAAGCGAAUGACUGUGGAAAAACUGCACCGCAUUUACCGUCUGGACGAUUACAAAAAAUUGUAUGACAAGAACGGGAAUGAAAGCCCGGAAGCCGCUGUGUUUAGAUUGUAUGAAAGAGCUGUAAAUAAUCUCCAGGCAACUACGACAUAA